UCCGAUUUCGUAAUCUGUCUUUGCGAUGGAGUCUCUCUUGAAGAAUCUCGGAAAAAAAGUCACUUGUUCCAUUUGUCUGGAUACUUACACCAAACCAAAGACAAUAGCUUGUCUUCAUACCUUCUGCUUGAAGUGUUUGGAGGAACACGCUUUGAAAACUCAAAGACAAGGACAGUUUCGAUGUCCCGAUUGUCAGGCACAAGUUAAGAUCCCUGAAGAAAAUUGUUUCGAUAACUUGCCGACUGGUUUUCUGCAAAACAGUUUGUUGAGUCUUCUUGCUGUACGAGAAAGUGGCGAUGGAAGUCAAAUCAGCUGCGGUAUUUGUAAGAAAAAGAGCGCCGAGAUCAGUUAUUGCUUCGCUUGCGAGAAAUUAUUGUGCCAUGACUGUGUUAAUGCACACGAAUUGUUUCGAGAAAGCGCCUUUCAAGGACACAAAGUAACGGCAGUGAAACAGUUUCAACCCGCAGACUACGAGGCCUUGCUAAAGCGUCAGUCCUUUUGCCCUCAGCCUUACCACGAGAGAGAGGUAACCAGGUUCUUUUGCCUUGAAUGUCAAAACUGUCUUUGUCAAGUUUGCAUAAACACUGAUCACAAGAAUCAAAAUAUUGAUCCGCUUGACAAAGCAGCGGAUGCCGAGAAAGCCAACAUUUUGGCGGUAGUCGAGUCGAUAGAUGAAAAGAUGAAAGUUUGCAGCGAUGCGAUUAAAACUUUUCAACGGGUUGCUACUGAGCUGGAACGAAAUAUCACCGCUGCAAAACAUGAGGUUUCACAAACAGCCGAAGAAAUGAUCUCGAAGAUUCGAGAAUACGAGAGGGAAGCUACAAAAGUCCUCGAGAAUACACGCGUGUCGAGAAUGGAGAAAAUAAACUCUAUGUAUGCGCGAGUAGAGUCCUUGAUGAAACAGCUUGAGCAAGCAGUUGAGUUUGCCAAUAACCUUGUUCAGGGAAGCUCAAGCUCAGAUAUUAUGAAAAGUAAAAAGACUUUGGAGGAGCGAUUUGAUGAUCUCAGCAAGACCACAGUGCCAGCACUUCAGGUUGGUUCAUUUGUCAAGUUUAUUUCAACUUUUUCGAUUGAGAAUUUAAGCCCAGGGUUCGUGACAACCAGUGAAAUAGACACACGCCCUUGGACAAUAGAACGACUAACUGAAAAUCUCCAAGCUGGUUUGAAAGCAGAGUUUCUGAUCUGUCCAAAAUCAAAGAGUGAAGAGGAGCUUACAAAUAGAGGUCAGAGUAAAUCUGACGUCAAGGUGCUCAUAGAGCCCGCUGAAGAUGUAGCAAGUUUAACAAAUAAUGAGACCGGAGAUGAAAAUUUUCAAUUGAAGUUUGUUCCCAAAGUCCCUGGCACAUACAACAUCAAAGUCGAGAUAAAUGGCGACAAACUUGUUACCAGUCCUCUCAGGGUCUACGUGCAGGAACGACGGAUUGAUGUUGUGGGAGAGUUGGUACUAAAGGGAGAAAUUCCUAAAAAACUAAAUUGGAUUACUGUCAACAGCAAAGGAACAAUCGCUGUAAGUGACAAAGAAAAACACUGUAUUCUAAUAUUUGAUAAGGAUGGAAAUUUUGUGCGAAAAUGUGGCUGCUAUGGAGAAAGGCCUGGGCAACUGAAAAAACCAGCCGGAAUCACAUUUUUGAAUGAUGACGAGCUUCUGGUGGCUGAUGACGAUAAUCACCGCAUUCAGCAAUUCAAUGUACAGACAGGAAACUUUGUGAAGAGCUUUGGAAAGGAAGGGACUGGAGACGGUGAAUUUCGGGGACCUGAAGGCAUUUGCGUGAAUGAUGAAGGACAUAUUGUCGUAGCAGAUUACGGUAACAACAGAAUCCAGGUCUUGAACAAAGAUGGUACUUUCAGGUUCAAAUUUGGAGAGGUCAGCUCUGGAUGGCUAAAUGAACCUUGUGGAUGCAUUUAUCACAAAAACAAGUUCAUUGUAUCUGACAUUGGAAAUGAAUGUUUGAAAGUGUUUGACAGUUCAGGGAAGUUCUUGUAUAAGAUUGGAGAAGAAGGCGGAGCUGAUGGACAGUUUUUAUCUCCAUGGGGUUUGUGUAUUGAGAAAUAUGGCGACCAUCACAGUCUUUUGGUGUGUGACAGAGGCAAUAGACGCAUUCAGCAGUUUACAAUGGAAGGUCGCUUUGUUGGCAAAACUGUUACUCCGCUAACACAUUCGAAAGGAAUAGCUACAACACCUGAUGGUCGUAUUUUGGUGAGUGACUGUUUCCUCAAAAAAAUUUAUUUCUUGAAAUAGACGCUGAAAAAAUGUUUGUUUGAAAUGGAAUAAUAAUGAAGGAAUCACAAAAUAAUAACUGUCAUCAUUACACUCCGCAAAUAAUGUAUACAAUGAAUAUGAUUUGCUCAGGGAUCCUACAGGCGCGUGCAUUAAACAUCGAAAUAUUACUAAGAUGAACUUCAUCAUGUCUAGACGGACAGAGCUGAAUAACGUCUGUGCACGCACUAGGCUUUGCCGCGGAAAACGGAUUUUGAGUCGUUUGCAUGGUUGAUCUUCCGUUCUGUUGCUUCAAGGUGUUGUUUUCCUUGCCAUUUUUUUUGUUUUUGUUUUUUUGUUUUUGUUUUUUUUUUUUAACAAAACAA